CGUUGGGUGUGUGCGAUGGAGUUACAGAAGCUAUGCAGAGCGAAUACACGCCUGUCUGUGUAUGUGUGCGGUACGCGGUACAUGGGUAUGUAUGCGAAAGAUCGAGACUGUGCCAAGCCUUGCUGCAUCACGUGAAGAGCGCCAAAAAGUGGGGAAAAAGGCGGAUAGUUUGAGUGUCCGUGGAGGGGCAACAGCAGACACAUGGAAAAAGCGUGGAUUUGAGAGAGCUUGAAAACAAGCAUUCUCGUACGUGUGUGCAAAAAGCGAAGCCAGUGAAAUAGGAGGUAGGCGUAGAAUUGAAAAGGAAUACAGAUAUGAAGAGCAAUGAGUUUGUGUUUGUGUACGAAAGCGUCAGCGUACGAACGAGAGAGGGAAAGAGAGAUUUGCAGAGAACGAUGCCACGGGAGGAAACGAGUUGGGCUUGAAGCAGCAGCAGCAGCAGCAGCAUUUCUCGUCAUGGCGGAACGAACUUCAAGAUUGUCGAAAGUGGAUAACACACGAGACAAAUUGCUGUCUUUACGUGAUAACGAAGUCGGCUCGUCGAAAGCCCAAAAAGUUAGUUACUCGUUGACUAAGCCUUUUGUGUCGGGAAGCGAAAGUGUGGCGAACACGACGACUGCUGACACCCGGAAUGCCAUUCGUGUUAGUGGUCCCCUGCACAUUUCCAGUGAGGUAGAGGGUACUCACGAUAUACUUUGCGUCAGCUAUACGGAAACUUGUGAUUUCAUAGCAGUCGGUCUAACGGACGGUACAGUACGACUCGUAAAAGUCAGUAGCAGCGAGUACACCUCGACCCUACGAGAUACUGAAAUGCAACAGAAUCCUGGUCCAACGACUGCGAUAAAACAUCGACCUGUUCACAAAACUCAUCCAAUAACUCAAACUCUAUUGGUCACUUAUGCGACAGGAUGUGUAAAGUCUUGGCAUUAUCCCAGUGGUCAAUGCUUGUACACGAUACGAGAAAAUAGGCAGACUCUUGGUCUGGCAUAUCAUCCUCAGUUACCAAAAUUUGUCACAGUCGGUGACGACACGAAUCUCUAUCUCUACGACGAGGAGACGAAAACAAUGGAGCGAGCUUUUCACGCAAGUGAUGCACCAGAUGUUAUGAACGGCCACAGAUCGAGAGUAUUUUGUGCUUGUUUCAAUCCUAAAUCAUCACACGAGAUAAUAAGCGGUGGUUGGGACAACACCAUUCAGUUUUGGGACACCAGGCAACCCUAUGCGAUCAGAAGAAUUACAGGACCGCAUAUUUGUGGCGAAGGUUUGGACAUCAGCAAAAAUGGCAAAGAGGCAAGCUAUUUAUUCUUGUGGUCCAUAGUAACUAGCGUGGUUAGCACGUUCAUUCAUCCAGAUUUAGAGCCCAUACACAAUUUGUGUAUUUGUGUAAUGAAAAAAAUCGUAUUGAAGAUUCUCACCAGUGCGUGGUCGAAGACGAAUUCCCUUCAGCUCUGGGACUACGGUUUAGGAAAAUUAAUAGUGACCCUUGAGCCAGAUUCUUUGUCCAGUCAAUUAUACACCGGGAAAUACAUCAAUAGUCUGUUCGUCGCAACUGGAGGCUGCGAAAACAAUCUUUUCCGAAUAGUUGAUCUCCGUUCGCAUUCCGUAAGAACUUCUGGGAAAUUGUGAUUGUUAAAAUCUUAUACCGACCUUUCUGAGGAGCCAGAAAAUUCACGAAACGAAUGCGAUUUCGUGCAGACUCUGGCAUCGAUAAGAAAUCUCGAAGGUGGCGUUUACGGGUUGGAUAUUGGUCCAUUACCAGUGAAACGUGUAAAGCGAGGUGCAUCCACGGAACUUCCGGAAUUGCCGAAAAUUGCUUUUUGCUGCGGAAAAACUAUUUACGAAGUCGAAGUUGGAUGAUUCGAAUUGAUUUUCAUAUCUCGUCUUACGUAAGAUUAUUCAAUAGCAAUCAAUAAACAAUAGAAUUUGAUUGCGUCAAUUAUGAAUAAUAAUUCAAAAAUACGGGUGCAAAUGGAUGGCUCAUUCAAAU